UAUGUGUGUGAGAGAGAGAAUUGAAGGAGAGAAAAUAUUGAAGGAAACAGUACGCUGGAUUGAGAAGAGUGAAAGGCACAAGACAGUGUAAUUAAACAAUAAUAGUGUGGUGUGUCUUUGAAUAGGGCUUUUAUGAUACAACACUAUCAUAAUGGUCACGUCCUUUUUAUACCUCCUCGCCUCCCAAUAUCUCUCUCGCAGAAUUCCACGCUUCACUGCACCCAUUCUUUAGCUUUGUCCUCCUAUUGCACACCUCUCUUGUCUCUCUCUCUCUCUCUUUUUCUUGUAUGUACGAGUUUUGAAUCUUCUCUCUCUCUCUCUCUCUCUCUCUCUCACACACACACAUAUAUAUAUAUAUAUAUGAAAGCUUGGUCAACCUUGCUACUGUCUUGCUUGCUACUUUACACUUUCUUGUCUCUCAUUUGAAACCCAACUUUUUUCAUUCUCAUUCUUCUUUCUCUUAUAUACUCCUUUCUCUUUUUUUUGGGGUUGCCAGGAUUCAUAUCUUUUACUCAAACCUUGGAAUGUAUAUGACAUUUCUCUAGAGAGAGAGAGAGAGAGAGAGGGCACAGCUUCAUUGCAGUGAUUCACAAAGUGGAUAAUGGGUUGUGGUGAUGGUAAAGAGUUUAACGUGUCUAACUCAUUCACUGGUCUUAAACUUCGACCCCUUAUUCCAAAGCCUAUGUCAGUCAGUCCAAUAUUAACCCCUCUUUACUCUGAUUCCACUCAUUACACCAAUCUUUGCUCACUGAAUCACCAUCCAGCUUAUGUAACUCAACAAAUUGAGACAAAUUUUAACACAAAACCGCUGGCAAGUUCACGGUGGAAUCCAACUCCGGAGCAGAUACUAGUCCUUCAAGAGUUGUAUCAACAUGGAACACGAACUCCAACAGCUGAUCAGAUCCAACAGAUUGCAGCAUAUCUUCGAAGGUUUGGUAAGAUUGAAGGGAAGAAUGUUUUCUACUGGUUUCAAAAUCACAAAGCGAGAGAGAGGCAGAAACGCCGGCGUGAACUGGCUUCACACUUACAAGUGCAACAACAUGAUUGUAAAAGUCUAGUUAAGAAAGAACCAGUGAUGAGGAGGAAAGUUUAUAAAGUUGAGCAGGCAAAGAAGUGGGCACCUCUUUUAAACUGCAGAAGACUCAUAGAGGAAUCUGCUUUGAUGCAUAGAGCAGCAACAGCAGAGAAAAUAUCACUUGGGUGGAUUCAAUUUGAGGGGAGAGUAUCACAAAAGAGUAGAGCAGUAGAAAGGCAAGCUACGAGUCAAGAUAAGGAGAUGGCUCAUGAUUUGUCAUUAAGGGAAGCUUUCCCCGACCCUGAGGAUCAAAGAAGAGAGUUUAAAACCCUUAAACUCUUUCCAUUAUAUGGUGAUGAUCAAUGUGAUUGUGAUUCCAAUAUUGGUGUCACAGAAGAGGACAUCAAACUAGUGCCUAACAAAACUAGGGACAAAGAGCUUGCUCCAAGCCAGUACUUUGAAUUUCUGCCUCUGAAGAAAUAAACAAAGCUAAGAAGCCCACGUCAAGUGGUCAGAUUUGUAUGUUAGAUUAGAUGCAUGGUUAAUAUAUAUAUAUAUAUAUAUAUAUAUGUGUGUGUGUGUGUGUACUAGAUAGUUACUACAUAAUGGUGGAAAUGGUAACUGGUUAAUAUAUAUAUGUGUGUUAGAUAGUUACUACAUUAUGGUGGAAAUGGUUACUGUUUUUCCUGUUUA